CUCCUCUCUUCUUAUUUUUUAUCUACGCGACUACUCUCUUUGCUGCGACCUUAUUUCCCUUAACCACGACCGUUCCUGAGUGUCUUUCCCAUGUCUUACCUUACUUGGUUUUCUCUCCCAGGUACUUACUCUUAAGCUCCUUACUAGAGGCUAUCGCAGCGUCGUUAUUGACUUAA